CAGUCUUGAUGUGUUUACUUGGCUCAGAAGCCUUUCAGGAACAGUCAGAGCCACUCCAAAGCAAGAAUCUGCAGAUCAUGAUUAGUGCCAACUGCCUGUGGAAACUGGGACUGUACCCCUUGCUGUUGAGUGCAGUUGCUGCUGUCCUGAAGCCACGACCCUCCAACCUGGAUCUCAAAAUCCUCCAGGUUAACACGGUCGGGUCGGAGAAGUUGAAAUGCUUCACUCAAACACUGGAGGAUUUCACCUGUGUCUGGGAUGAAAGGAACAACACAAGCAUCAGCAGCCGGUACAGAUUCUUCUACCAGUACCAAUACCAGGAUGACGAGAGAAAGAAAGAAUGUCAAUUAUCCAUGGAAGAGAUUGCCAACAACACAACACGUCACAUCUGUUCCCUUCCAAUGAUGGAGGUCUCCUUGUUUACCCCACUGGACAUUGAGGUGUUGCUAAACAGAAGUGUUGUCAUGAGCAGAAAGGACAUGUAUAUUAACCACAUGGUUGUCUUGGAUCCGCCGUCCAAUGUGACCGUUCGGCCAACCGGGAAACCUGGGCAGCUUCACGUCAAGUGGUCAGCACCUCCGUUUAAAUAUCUAGACAAUUCCUUAAUGUACGAAGUCAACUUCUCUUCCGUUGGAUCCAACAUACAGCAGGUUAACACUGUCAAAGGGAAAACGGAGUGUGUCAUUCUGAAGCUGAAAUCACAGACGGAAUACGUUAUCAGUAUCCGUGCGAAGCCGGAUGGAGUCUCCAUGGACGGAUACUGGACCACGUGGUCUAAGCCGGUGUCUGCUUUCACUGAUUCAGAUCUGGAUCCCCUGAUCUUGGGCCUGACAUCCGUUCUCAUCCUGAUCACCGCUCUGCUGUUAUUAACCAUCAUCCUCACCCGCCGCAGGAUGAUAAAGGAGACAGUCUGGCCGCUGAUUCCUUCCCCAGAGAACAUGUUUGAUGGACUUUUCACUGUACACCAUGGAAAUUUCCAGGAAUGGCUUGGGCGAGGCAAUGUACAGAUCUGGUGGAAUGUCCAGCUCUUUGGCACUGAUGAACCAUCUACAGCCCUGGAGAUCUUGUCCGAGAUAAACACCUUCCCACCAAGCUUUCUGAGGAACAAGCACCAGGAGAUCUUCCCAGAAGAUCGGAGAUUCCUGAUGAGCGGAUCAGGUACCUUCAAGCCCCAGCAGGAAUGGGUGCCGCUGGACGAGAGCGAGUCACCUGAACACUUGCAGCUUGAAGCCCACGCCAGGGAGGCCUAUGUUGUCCUGAAUCAGAAUUCGUUGCUCAAUAACGACUUCCUUUCCGGCACUUAUAAUGUGACUCACAGCAGCAGCGACGUUUCGGAGGAAGAAAUGCCUUUACAGUUGCUCUUCUGGGGUCCUGAAAUGAAGCGACAUAGCAAGGCUUCACCUGGAGAGGGGCAGGAAAACGUUCUGUCACGUGACUCGAUUUCGCAGCAUUCCUCACAGUCUAGUGGGAUUGAGUGUGAAAGCCCAGCAUCAUUUGGAGCUUUUGACUAUGCCAAAUGUGACCCAGCCGGGCACCUGCUGUACCCAUCAUCUUCAGAGGCUGUGCUAGAAAACACACACCAUCCAUACCUUCUAAUGCUGGAUUCUGGCAUCUCUGCUGACUUCAGCCUAACAAACUUCCCAUCACUUGUUAGUAAAUCUGAUGAAGGACUUUACACAAAUCUAUGCAAAAGGGAGGACCUCCAUGAGAACUUUCCCGUCUCAAGACACCUCCAUAUAGAAGCUUGAGCGAUUUCGGUUGUCCAUCAAGGAAGGUUCCUGUACUUGGGGAAAAGAAGGCUGAACUGAUGUUAACAACAGGAAUUCUGCAGAUGCUGGAAAUUCAAGCAACAUACAUCAAAGUUGCUGGUGAACGCAGCAGGCCAAGCAGCAUCUAUAGGAAGAGGCGCAGUCGACGUUUCAGGCCGAGACCCUUCGUCAGGACUAACUGAUGUUGUUGGUACUGAAGGCUUUAUUGUGCAAAUUGCAUCACAGACUUCAUUUGUACCGUUGGGGUGAAGCAGACUAGUCAAAGUUGUUGUGCAGAGUUAACAAGUCAAAUGGAGCUCACAAAGGAACAUCUACAACUAUGAGCAACAGAGGCAUCUGCUCAGAACCUGCACCUUCCCAAGAUAAUGCCAAAGAAACGGGCUACUCAACACUAGUCAGUUCACCAGUUUGGAGAUGAUAGCAAGGCAGACUGAGCAAUAUUGAUUGUGGAGAAAUAGUUCUUCAGGUAUUUCCUAUAAUGGGGAAGUCGAGAACCUAAGGGCACAGCCUCAGAAUAGAAGGACAUUCCUUUAAAACAGAGAUGACAAGUCGUUUCUUUAACCAAAGAGUGGAGAAUCUGUGGAAUUAAUUGCCGCAGAUGGCUGUGGAGGCCAAAUCAUUGGCUUUAUGUAAAUCGGAAGCUGAUAGGUUCUUGAUUAGUCAUUGCAUCAAAGGUUAUGGGGAGAAGGUAGGAGAAUGGGGUUGAAGGGGAAAAUAAAACUAGGAUGGAAUGGUGGAGUAGACUUGAUGGGCCAAAUGACUAAAUUCUGUCCCGAUGUCUUAUGGUCUUAUGUGUUUGAUUCCAUGAGGAAUUUGAAGGUGAUUGGUGGGCUGUUGAGGGUCUUGGUUGAACCUCAGGGGAAAGAACACGAGCCGUAGAUUUGGAACGAACACUUCCAGGGACAAAUCCCAUCUCUUAAACACCAGUAUUCAUGAUUGAUCCCUUGGAACUUAGGAUGUUCUUUCAGAUAAGUAAGUGGACGAGUUCACUUUUAUAAUGUUUAAAGAGAGCUAAGCUUUAUUUAUCACACGUACAUCAAAAGAUACAGUGAAAUGUAUCACUUGCGUCAAAUCAUGGACUGUGGUGGGUAGGCCACAAGUGUCACCAUGCUUCUGGCACUGACAUCGCGUGCUCACAACACACUAACCCUAACCUGUAGGUCUUUGGAAUGUGGGAGAAAACCAGAAUAAACCCACGUGGUCACAGAGAGAACAUACAAACUCCUGACAGACAACGGCAGAAAUCAAAUCCCAACCUUACAGGCAGCGCUGUAAUAGUGUUAGGCAAACUGCUAUGCUACCGUGCUGCACUACAAACACAAAGAGCAAGAUGGCAGAGAUAUUGAUACCUGUCAGAGUCUUGAGGUACGAGAGGGCUAAAGCUGGAAGGGGUUCAACUGUUAGGCGACUUUAGAUCAAUGACAUGAAACUAUUCAAUCUGCUUAUAUGAGGCGCCUCAAAGAAGAAAGAUUACUCAGUGAUUAUGUGAAAGGAGUAAGGUUGCCAUGACACCCCACACCAAGAAAAUCACCAGAUUUCAUAGAACAUUACGGCACAGUAUAGGCCUUUCGUCACACGAUGGUGUGUUGACCUUUUAACCUACUCUAAGAUCAUUCUAACCCUUUCUAACAUCCAUGUGCCUAUCUAAAAGUUCCUCAAAUACCUCUAAUGUAUCUGUCUCUACCACCACUCCUGGCAGGGCAUUCAAUGCACUCACAAUAGUGUAGUGGUUAGCAUAACAAUCCACAGUAAAGGCAACCCGGGUUCAUUUCCUGCCACUAUCUGCAAGGAGUUCGUAAGUUCUCCCCAUGACUGCGUGGGUUUUCCUCCCAUAUUCCAAAGAUGUAAUGGUUGAUAGAUUAAUUGGUCAUUGUAAAUUGUCCUGUGAUUAGGCUAGGAUUAAAUCGGGGGAUUCUGGUUUAAAGGGCCGGUAAAACAAAAUAGACCUGUUCGACUAGUUUUCCAAGACAGGGAUUCCCCAUAGGAAAGCCCUACAGUAGAACAUGAUGAAUUAACUCUCCCUGACAAAGGGGGCCAAUUACCUGAACGAGCAUCAAAAUGGUAAGACCAUGAGUCUUGUGACCUCGGAGAUCCAGAUCAGAACGUGGGAGUAGGCCAUCAAACCCACAAUUUUUGGGCAGUCUGCUGUUACACCAGAAACCUUGAUCAGGAAUACCUGCAGGGACAAGUAAAGGACAGACAGAUAGAGGAGGAGAAUUGGGAGGGAAACUGAAAAAUAGCAAGGAUAGAAGUAGCCUCUAAUGGCUUUAUCAAGUUUGUCGUUUUCAUACAUAGCAGACAAAUGCCAUGAAAGGUAACCUUUUGCAGCUACAGCAGAAUACGUUACAAGAUGACGAGAAACCACUGUUAACAUAAACUGAAAUAAAAUAAAUUAUAGAUAACUUUCUUCUGACGAAGAUGAAUAUUCAGAAUCAGAAACAGAAUCACGUUUAUUAUCACUGACAUAAGUGAAAUUUGUUGUUUUGCAGCAGCAAUGCUCCGUUCAUACGACUUAGCAUCCGUCUUACUUCAGCAAAUUAGUGCAAUUGGAGAGGGUGUUGCUUUCUCCUCAGAACUGACUUCCUACCAAAGUGGCAGGAGCUCUGUUCAACACUGAACACUGGAGUUUAACAACUCUAUGACCAUUCUGCACAAAAAUGGAUAUUUUUGUCCUAAUUGUGUUCCUUCUUGUAAAACAUUAACGUUUACCAUGUUUUUUCUUGUAAAUGCUGCUUAUAUGAUGCUAUGUGCCUGUGAUACUGCUCCAUGUGUCCCAUUGCACUUGUGCACAUUAUUCCAAAUGAGUCGAAAGUCGAGUUUAAAAACGCAAACACAAGGAAAUCCGCAGAUUGCUGGAAAUUCAAGCAACACACACAAAAAGUGCUGGUGAAAGUGGAGUUUAUUGUCAUACGCACAAGUAUGUGUGUGCAUAGGUGCAAUUUAAAAACUAGCAGCAGCAUCACAGGCACACAGUGCCUGAGACACAACAUUCACAAGAAAGACAUAAAUUAUGCAAAAUUAUACGAGAAAGACGAGAACAAAAAAAAAAGUCCAUUGUAGUGCAAAGUGAUCACUGCGUUGCUAUAGUAACAGAUUAGGAUUGUGUAAAUCGGUUCAAGAACUGAAUGGUUGAAGGGAAGUAGCUGUUCUUGAACCUGGUGGUGUGGGAUGACACUCCUGUAGCUCCUGCCUGAUGGUAGAAGAUGGCAUAGCCUGGAUAAUAAGGAGUUUUGAUUAUGAAUAUUGCCUUCUUGACGCAGCAGUGGCUGUUGUUACUACUGAUGGUGGAGAAGGAUAUGCCUGUGCUGUGUCCACUACUCUCUGCAACUUCUUACGUCCUUGAACAUUCGAAUGGCUGUAUCAGACUAUCAUGAAAACCAGUCAGGAUACUUUCAACAGGCCAUCUGAGAGGUUUGCUAGAUUAAUUGGUGACAGGCCAAACCUCCUAAAGCUUCCAAGAAGGUAAAGAUGUUGGCAUACAUCUGUAUGCUGGCCCAGGGCAUUUGUAUAGCACUGUGCCCGGUCUCUAGCUUGGCAUGCUGAUGGAAUAAUCUAGGGAACUUUAACUGUGUUUCAUGUUUCACAGUACCUCACAGACAUCUGCAGGAAAAAGUUCCUCCAGAGGGGAAAAUGAAGGGCCAAGGUUUCAGGCAGAGGAGUUGGCACAGGAUCAAUGUAUUCAUGUAGCAAUAAACAACAUUUUAUUAUCUGUAGGGUGGGGGUGGAAGUGGGUGAGCACAUUCUGUCCUUCUUGCUAAACACUGUGAGAUAGCAGAGAACGCAACACUACCACAAAUCCAGGAGCAGAUGCUUUGGUGAGGUACUCUUCAACCUGAUUUAAAUGACAUUAUAUUUCCCAUCCAUCAGUGAUAGUCAUUUGAUCUGAAGUGCACAUUACUGUAAAAUAUAAUUACUGAUCAAUAUGAAUAUUUUAUUUUUACAGAAUGUAUUUUGUUAGCUUGCUAAAAUGUUGUGAAUAUUUUUUUCAGCUGUUGUCUGAGCCUUAUUUUGGGCAGCUAUUUUUUUAUAUAAAUAAACAGAUUGAUUUAUUUUAUACCUUU